AUGGCGAGUGAACCGCCGCAGCUUGACAAAUCUCCUCUGAAAGGCAAAAGGUAUCGGCAUGGCUCCCUUGCAGACCUUGUUUCCCGUCGCAAUCUUCCACCGGGGCCGAAAGACUUAGGAGAGCUUGUCAGCUACCCACAGGAUGUGCUGCGGGUGCUUUUCUCUGAUGCAAACCGAGCCCAUCGUUGCAUCAGCUUGCUCUCCAAGGGUCUGACCGAUCAUUCCGAUUAUUCAGGCAUUGCGGCUGAGCGUGAAGCUAAGCGACUUCUGCUUCAGGUUCUAGCUGAGCAGUACUGUGUGAGUGUGGACUAUGAGUACAAGAAGUCGUGUGACAUUGAUCCAUGCUGCCAGCAAGUCCUGUGCCACAUGUCUGCUUGUCUGGACAAUAACGAGUCUUGCGUCUUUGCUGACAUUCGAGAUCAGAUUCCUGAGGAAGGCCGGACCUUCUGCGAGGAGCUGGAGCCAAGCCCCACAGACACUUGGUUGUCUCGUGAGGAUGUAGAAAAGCAUUACGGUGACAUCAAAGCCUUUCUGUUGAAGAGCAGUGACUGGCUGGUGAACGAGGAUCAUCGAGCAUACUGCCUGGUGCAUGACAAACAUUGCGUGGUCAACAAGCCACGCUGCACCCUUCGAAAUCCAGAGUCGCUUGUGAUCGCGAACGCCGGGAACUGUUGCCAAGGCUGGAGUUCCGAGGGAAAGCGAGCAAGGGGUGCCCACCUGUCACAGGUUCCACUAGCGAUGUGGGUGUGCCAGCGCAAAGCACUUGCUGCAAACGGCCAAGAGGACAUGUUCUUCCAAGAGUGUACUCCGUUGUUUGAUAUACAGGAGCAUUUGAUAAGCCCCCUUGAGUCCACGCAUCGCGUUGUGCAAGUUGUGGCCGGGCCACGGCUUUUGGGGUGGCCAGCUUCGCGAGAUCGCCGCCUCUCCGCAGGGCUUAGCCUUGAGUCCCUUGUGUGGGUAGGGCCCACCACAGCAGAAGCAAUCCAGGCAGAUUUUGAGAGUUUGUUUGCACGGCGGCCGCAGCUCAACGGCAGCAUCUUCCUCCAGGAGGAUGAAGGACUGGUCCCUCAAGGCAAGCAUCUUUUGCGUGCUGUCCUUCCCCCAGGCCAGCUUCAACGGGCGGAGCAGUAUGAUGCAGAGAAGAGCAAACAUGCAGGGCUGGAUGGAACCAUGUUCUGUGAUGUUGAGCACUGGUUGCAUAGCCCGGGGCCUGAUUGUGGCCCUAUGCUUCCGUGCCUGCUCACCCAUGGCACGAUUUUGGAGUUGAGCAGGUACAGAUUUGUCAUGCCGUCCGAACGAUUCUUGUCCCUGGGGUUCCACAGCAUAGCCGGACUAAGCGACACUUAUGCUUGGCCGCUUGCAGACUUCGUCCUUGCUCAGUCGGAACGCACUGUGAAGCAUCAGGCUGGCAACAGCCAGUCCUUGCCUGCCAUUUUGGCGUGGCAUUGCUAUGUACUUUGCAACACGAUUAGGCGAGAGAAAGGCAGCAUUUCCCAGAUCGGCUCUGCUGAUCGUGAGGAUGAAGAUGAUGCUGGCAGUGAGGACUCCCAGGACCCAAACAGCCCAAGCGGCAGGCGGACUUGUGGCAGUGGCAACGGUGGCCGUGACUCCCGUGCCAGGAUUCCUCGUUAUGGUAACUUGUCAACUCGUUUCUAUGUCCUCCUCGAAAGCCUGCCAAAGCAAGCCCUUCCUGACCAGCCGCCCCGUGGGCAAUUCCAGUAUACUUUGCGCUGGUCAGAGGCUAUUCUCAUCAAGUGUGACUUGCGUGGAUGUUUCCGAGUCCAACACGAAUUCAAGCAGAAGACAUUCUCCUUCGGUAGUGUGGGGCAUGCUGCUGAGGCAUUCAAGCAAGCCAGAAUGCAGGCAGAUGUAUGGAAGCAGUGCCCUCCUUGGGCGCCUGUAGACCGUCGUUUGCUUCAGGAAAGGGCCUUUGAUGCAAGAGGUCUUUUGGCUUUGGAGGACAUGCCGCGGCCACCAACCGCUGCUGCUGAUGCUGAAGCAGCAAACUCUGAUUCAGAUUCUGACUCAUCCAGUCCCUCUUUCAUCCCAGACCCAGCAAGGCGUUUGCGCAGGCUUCCAGCCCGUGCAGAGAUCGACGACGAGACUGAUUGUGACAGUCUUCGUGAUUUUGAAGUUUAUGCCGUUGCUGGGGAGACGUUCACCGGGAGCGUGUUUGUUGUGUGUUGUGCCAACAUGGAUGCUCUCGUCGAUGCUUUUGAGGAGCCGCCACAGGAGCCUGAUGAGGCUCUUGAAGACGUGACGCCGGAGCAGGCUGAAGCUUUCGAUGAACGGAUGAAGAUCGAUCACGAAGCGGGCAAGGAAGUUGCCCAAUUCGCCCUCGAUAACCCUCCGGAACUCCGGAAAAAGGGCUUGGUGGACUUUACACGCUUUGUGCGAGUGAGAGGAGAGCGCUUGGCCACCUGCCGACAGGAUGGCUGCGUGCCCUACACUUAUGCAGCAUUCAUCAAAUUCGCCGAGAAUCGUGAGGGCUUGUCAGAAGAAGAAGGCAAAGAAAUGUGGAACGAGUAUUACAACAAGAAGGACAUCGAGAAAGACACCCUUGGUUGGCGAGGAGCCGAACGCCUUUGGCUGCCACUGCACGAGCUGAAGAUGAAUGAUCGUCAGCACUACGUGGACAACCAAGUCCAUGAGGGCAGCGACGAGAUCCGUGCCCCAACAGCAGCGGAUCGGAAGAUGUUGAAGGAGCAUCUUGCCCGGCAAGAACUUGAUUUUGAUGAUGAGCAUUUCCAGAUAUCGCAGGCCCAGGCGAGAGAUCUUGCGAAGGGCCCCCAGGGCCAGGUCAGCACGCCAGUGAAGCAGAACAUCAAGUCUGAAGAGGGCCAUGGCGAGGACUAUCUGACACCUGAGAAGGUGUGUGCUGUGAAGAUUUCACGCGAGGCCCCUCAGCUUCAGCGCAGCAUGGAAUCUUCAAUGAGGAAGAUCCGGGGAGAUUUACAGAAGCAGCUGCAACUGGCUGUUGGUGCAAUGAAGGCUUAUGGAGAUCAUCCUGGUGAGUUGAAAUGCAAUGACCGUGCGCUGCUUGCAUUCUGCCGGACCUUGCAGUUCAGGCAUGAGACUGGUGUCCGUGUAGCGGAGAGGGUGGGUGACAUUCAGCUGAUUGUCCCAGACGCUUCCAUGGGCUCUGGGGCAUCAGUGGAUGGUCAGCCCGAUCCUGCUUCGGUGCCGGAACCGUCCAACGAUGGAGCAUCUGCCGCCCUGCAACCAGCAGACUCGGUGUUGGCGGCGAGGAAAGCGGUCAAGUUUGAGGAUUUCAUCAGGGAGGUCCGCACCAUAAAGAACAGGUGUUGGGAAGGAGACGCAGCAUCGCAACCCUUGGACUACGUCCACGAGCUGAUGGACCGAGUUUUGGACGCGAAGGAGCCUGAGAAGUUCCUGAUGCUGAAGCAUGAGUGGCAGAAGCUUGAGAAGAUGUUUCGGGGUAUUGCAAAGGGCAUCAAGCAGUCCGCAGACGAUGUCACGAAGCACAUGCGGCUCAAGGUAUCGGAACACGCUCGGGAGAAGAAACGCAAGGCUGAGCAGGAGGCACGUGACAGUCUGAAUAAGGUAAAGGAGGAGGCAAAGAAAGCGCAGGAUGCAAUCAAGAAGCGGAAGCUCGCUUUGGAUGCUGAGGAAACGAAGCUGUACACGGCUGAUCUUCAGCCGAGCGUUGUGCCCCUUGUCGACAAGGUGGAACAGCUACGGGCUCAGGAUGACCAGUGGAAGUUUCCGUGGCUGAUGGACGGAGGCGAGCAGCUGGAGUUGCAGUUUGCAGAAACGAUUCUGCAAAAGGCGUUGACUUCAUGGGCAGGUCAAUACAAGAAGCUCUUGAGCCAGUCAAAGCCCAAGGUGAGCAUCGUGACGUACCCGUUGGAAGAGAAGCAGGGAAGGAAGCAUGUCAACGAUUACAUGGCGACAUACAUGAAGAAGGCCGUUGACAUCAGCGAGGUGACAGGCGGCCAGAAUUUCAUGGAUACAGUUUGGCUCUACGGCAUUGCGCCAGAUCAUCGGUCCAUGUCGUUUUUGCCAAAUUUUGCUUCGCAGACCCGGGUGCAGCUGAUGGGUGAGAACCGCAUGCUGAUGUUUGAGUGGGCUACUUUGGUCAAGGCUAUGGAGGAGGAAGCAAAGGCUGACAACAAGGAGCCCAAAGACAUGGCAGCGAUGUCUGAGGAUUUGAAAACGGCCAAUGCGGACCGUCUCGGCGGCCUUGUGAAGUUGGGUGCCACGGUGCGGCAAUGCACCCUGAAAAAGAAUAUGAUUCUUUUCAUUCCUACGGGAUGGCUUGUGGUGGAGAUUGCCGGUGGGUCCCCCAUCAACUACGGGUGCCGCAAGAGUUGGUUUGAUUCCAUCAAUGUCGCAAAGUACACUGCCUCAAUCAAGGUAGCUAAGGCCAGUGGUUCCCCCGACAGCAGCCUAGACCGCAUGAACAAGAUCCUUGAGGUUUUGGUGGCCAAAACGGCCAGGUAG